AUGGAUGUGGAGGUUAAGGACCUAGUUAGGCAUACUGCACAAUUGGACUUGGUAAUCAAAGGUUACGACAGUGCUGGGGAGGAAUUGUUAGGCGUCAGUCGGAUGGAAAGUAUUAGUGGUUUAUCUGGAAGUCAACCUGAGGUGGAAGCCACAGUUGUAGAGACAAAUACAUCUCAGUCUCAGCAGCCUUUGCCUCCACCUGUUCCUAAGAAAAGGAAAGUGGUUGAGACCAGAUCUCCUGUAUGGGAUCACUUUGAAAAGAUCAAAGACUCUGAGGGCAUUGUUGUCAAGGGAAAAUGUUUAUAUUGUGCUAGGAUAUAUUGUUGUGAGUCCAAGAAACAUGGGACUUCUUCUCUCAGGCUUCACGUGGUAAACUGCCUUAAAAAUCCUCAGUCUAAGGAUACAAGGAUAGUUGAGGGACAGGGGUUUAGAAAGUUUGUGUUUGUUUGCUGUCCUAGGUUUAAAAUCCCUUCAAGAUGGACUAUCAGUAGGGACAUUUUAAAGAUUUUUUCUGAUGAGAGGCUCAACUUGAAGAAGUUCUUUAGGACUAGUAGUCAGAGGGUUAGUAUCACAACUGAUACAUGGACCCCAGUUCAGAGAAUAAACUACAUGUGCAUAACUGCACAUUUCAUUGACAGUGAGUGGAAGCUCCAAAAGAAAAUCAUUUCAUUUGUUCCUAUCUAUUCCCACAAGGGUGAAAGUAUUGCAAAGGCUUUAGAAAGUUGUCUUAUUGACUGGGGUCUAAAAUCAGUUUUCAGUGUCACAGUUGAUAAUGCUUCUAGCAAUGAUACUGCCCUAGGAUUCUUAAAGAAAAAGUUUGUGUCAUGGGGUUGUACUGCUGUUAGGAGUAAGUACUUGCAUAUGAGGUGCAUUGCUCACAUCCUUAACUUGGUGGUACAGGAUGGGUUGAAAGAAUCUGAUAGUGCUGUUAAAAAAGUGAGGGAUGCUGUUAGGUAUGUGAGAAGCUCACCUGCUAGGCUUCAAAGGUUUAGGGAGCUAGCUGAUGUAAUGGGGGUGGAAGCCAAGAAGUCUUUGUGUCUUGAUGUUCCUACAAGGUGGAACUCCACCUAUAUGAUGCUGAGUGCUGCUUUGUUGUAUGAGAAAGUCUUUGAAGAGUAUGCAAGCUCAGACAGUGGAUUUAAAUCUAAUUUGGGUAUGAAUAAUAUACCUAACUUCAUGGAUUGGGAAACCAUUUCUGGUUUGGUACAGAUUCUAAAAUCUUUUUAUGAAAUGACUGUUAGAAUUUCUGGUUCACUGUAUGUGACUUCUAAUACUUUUUUCUCUGAGAUUUCUGAUCUGUUUUGCUUGUUAAGUAAUAUGGUGGAAGCUGAUGGCAGUGUUAAACUGAUGGGUACAAAUAUGAGGGCAAAGUUUGAUAAGUAUUGGGGUGAGCCUGGAAAAAUGAACUUUCUCAUAUUCUAUGCAAAUAUCUUAGACCCCAGGGACAAAAUAGAAUAUAUGCCCAUUCAGUUUACCCAGUUAUAUGGUGAGGACAAAGGUAAAACAAUGUUUGAUAAGGUUGUUGUUGGCCUUAAGGAGUUAUUUCAAGAUUAUGUGUCCUGUUUUCCUGCCCAGUCUGUUCCUGAAAAUUCUGCCAAGUUAGCCCCUUCAGUUAUAAUUUCUGAUUGUGUUUCUAUUGGGAAACCUCAAGCAUUAUUGAAAUCCCAGAUUAAGAAACAAAAAUUGGGUACUGGUGAUUUGUCAAUGAAAAAAACUGAGUUUGAGGUGUAUUUGUCUGAGGUCAUUAUGGAUGAUGAUGAUUCUUUUGACCUUCUAAGAUGGUGGAAGCUGAAUUCUGAUAGGUUCCCUGUGUUAUCUAAAAUGGCAAGGGAUGUACUUACUGUUCCAAUCUCUACUGUUGCAUCUGAAUCAGCAUUCAGUACCAGUGGGAGAGUACUAGAUGCCUUUAGGAGUUCCCUAACUCCUAAGAUUGUUGAGGCACUUGUGUGUGCACAGGAUUGGUUGAGGUUAGCCAAUCAACCAAUCUCUGUUGAAGAAAAUAUUGAAGAUGUUGAAAGGAUUGAGAAAGAGUUGUGCAGCACAGGCCUAACUGGAGUUGGAUUAUUGCCUACAAUACCUGUAUGUGUUACAGUGUAUGUGCAUCAAAUAUCAAUGUCCCUCAGGCCCUCAUUCCUUGGCUGGGCAAUGGAAUUGGAAAGUGUUCAAUGGCUUGGUGACAUUUUAAAUGUUGUUGCCAUUGAGCACUUGGCACCUGAAUGA